CUGCUGGGGGAGCCUGCAGCUGACCUGUAUUCCUUUCGAAAUAUGCUUGCUCUGGCGCGGAAAAAAAUGGACAACAUGCAACAUCUGAGAGAUGAACUGGCAAGCCUGGCUGCAGAGAUCAACACUGUGAAGAAGGAAGCUCAGCAACUGAGAGAAGGGAUGUCUGCAAUCACACAGAUGUCUGGCUGGGCUGUGAAAAGCACAAGGGCUGCCAUCAACCUGCAGAGAUCAUCCAGCAGCUCUGCAUGGCUCUGCAGGAUGUUUUGGUUCCUGUGUAUUCCACCCAUUCUGGAUACCUUUGUGCAGCCUGAUUCUUCCCCGGGAUACUGCUGGCCUUUCCAAGGGUCUGAGAGUGAGGUGCUAAUCCAGUUGCCUGCAAAAGUACGACCAACGGCCAUCACCGUACAGCACACCUUAAAGACAGACUCUCCGCUGAGGACUAUCAGCAGUGCCCCGCGAAAUUUCAUAGUCUAUGGACUGAAUGAAGGAGGCAAAGAUGAAACUCCGCUUGGGACAUUCACCUACACUGCACAGGAAGAGGUUAUCCAGACCUUCCCUUUGCAGGAUGAGAUGAGAGACUUCCAUUUCUUGAAGCUUGUCGUACAGAGCAACUGGGGAAAACCAGGCUACACCUGUAUUUAUCGAGUGCAGGUGCACGGGAAGGUGGAUGGAACCAGUGCCAUCAGCCAGAUUUCAGAUGUGAGGAACUCACUUCAGUAAGAAUUAAAGAGGAAAAUGGAGAAAGGAGGAGAGUGAUUGGCCGUUAGUCUGGGGCACAGCAAUGUCAGUGGCCUUCUCACAGCUGCCAACCACUGCCUUUCGCAGGCCAAGGCCUUCCUCAAGCUUUUCACUUUCUCUCCACCACAGGAAUGUUUCUUAAGUGACCAAAAGGAGACAACAUUCCCAUUGCCUUUUCUUGCCUAGUUCCUUGACAAAAUCUUUUGUGGGUCAUGAUCAUCAAAGCACGGGCCCAUUCCAUUCACACAGCACCUUGACUCUGGGGACGGGGUCCAGUGGGGCCCCGCACAGGGUGCAGCCAAGUCUGCAUGAGGUG